CUCUGGACGUGGGUGCCUCUCUUGGCCAGCACAGUCCACUUUCGCACAACCACCCGCCGCAGUGUUUGAUGGGUAGCCGGGCAAAACCGGGAAGGUCAGCCCGAGGUGGGCGCGUGGGCUGGGCCUCUCGGCUGCGAUUUCCCUGCAGGCCCGCGGCCACAGGGGCAGCGCGUCCCUCCUUGCAGAGAGUGGGAAACGGAGCCUGGGGGCGGCGGCCAGGACCGCGCACUGGGGUCGCCGGGCACCGGUUUUAGUUAAGCACCGGGACAACGCGGGCGGGAGAACACAGCCCCCGCCGAACUGACGGCCGACCUCCGCAGGCACUUGGGAGAGGAGGAGGGAAGAAGGAAAGGACGGAGGGAGGGGCGAACCACUUCCUGAAUCGCCUGCAAACCCGGGGCGCGAGCUUGGUCUGCGCUGCGCCGCGAUGUCUGGAGCGUCGGCCAGGAGCCUAGCCAAGGGAAGCGCGCCCCCAGGACCGGUCCCCGAGGGCCUGAUCCGCGUCUACAGCAUGAGGUUCUGCCCAUUCGCCCAGAGGACGCUCUUGGUCCUGAAGGCCAAGGGAAUCAGGCAUGAAAUCAUCAACAUCAACCUGAAAAAUAAGCCUGAGUGGUUCUUUAAGAAGAAUCCCUUUGGCCUGGUGCCAGUUCUGGAAAACAGUCAGGGUCAACUGAUCUACGAAUCUGCCAUCACUUGUGAGUACCUGGAUGAAGCAUAUCCAGGAAAGAAGCUGUUGCCAGACGACCCCUAUGAGAAAGCUUGCCAAAAGAUGGUGUUUGAGUUAUUUUCUAAGGUUCCAUCUUUGGUAACAAGCUUUCUGAGAAGACAGAAUGAGGAAGACUGCUCUGGCCUAAAAGAGGAAUUGCGGAAAGAACUCAGCAAGCUAGAGGAGGUUCUUACCAAUAAGAAGACAACCUUCUUUGGUGGCAAUUCUCUUUCUAUGAUUGAUUACCUCAUCUGGCCCUGGUUUGAACGGCUGGAAAUUCUGGAGUUAAAUGAUUGUGUAGACCACACUCCAAAACUUAAGCUCUGGAUGGCAGCCAUGAGGCAAGAUCCUGCAGUAUCAGCCCUCCUCACUGAUCCCAAGGCCCUUCGAGGUUUCUUCAAUCUCUACUUGCAGAACAGCCCUGAGGCCUGUGACUGUGGGCUCUGAUAGGGGCAGGAGUCAGCAAUGAAGAAAUGGCUGAUAUUUUCCUUCACUAAUAUGAGUAAAAAUAAACUUUAAUUUUACCAA